GUGACUAGUCUCUUAUGAUUUCUGCCAUUUCACACCGAAAGCUAAAGAGUCAGUGUUUUGGAGAUCAGUGGAGGACACUGUAAAUGAAGAUUUUAGAGAAGUGUGUUGACCAUAAAAGCUUUGACAAGAACAGAAAAUGGAUCCCAAAUCUGUGGAAGAGCUUUCUUGUCCCGUGUGCUGUGAAAUCUUCAAGGAUCCUGUUGUUCUCUCCUGUAGUCACAGUUUCUGUAAAGAGUGUCUUCAACAGUUCUGGAGAACCAAGAAAACUCAGGAGUGUCCCGUCUGCAGAAGAAGAUCCUCAAAAGACCUGCCUCCACGUAAUCUAGUGUUAAAAAACUUGUGUGAUUCACUGAUAAAGAAGAGGAAGAGAAGGCGUUCAUCAGGAUCUGAGGAGAUCUGCAGUUUACACAGUGAGAAACUCAAACUCUUCUGUCUGGAGGACAAACAGCCGGUGUGUGUAGUGUGCAGAGACUCAGAGAAACAUGUCAGUCACACAUUCAGACCCAUCGGAGAAGUGAUCUCAUCUCACAAGGAGGAAGUGAACACAGCGCUGACAUCUUUACAAAACAAGCUCAAACAUGCAGAAAAAAUGAAAGCAAAGUGUGAUAAAACCAUUCAACACAUCAAGUCUCAAGCUGAGCAAACCGAGCGUCAGAUUAAAGAGGAGUUUGAGAAGCUUCAUCAGUUUCUCAGAGAUGAAGAAGAAGCUACAAUCACUGCACUGAGGGAGGAAGAGGAGCAGAAGCAGCAGAUGAUGAAGGAGAAGCUGGAGGAGAUGAACAGACACAUCUCUGCUCUUUCACACACAAUCAAAGACACAGAGGAGAUGAUGAAGGACAGCGAUGCCUGCUUUCUGAAGAACUUCAGCAUCACGAUGGAAAGAGUCCGGAUCUCAUCACAGCCGGAUCCUCAGAUGAGUUCUGGAGCUUUGAUUCAUGUGCCACAUUACUUGAGUAACCUGCGCUUCAGAGUCUGGAGGAAGAUGCAGGAAACUCUCCAACACACUCCGUUGACUCUAGAUCCAAACACAGCACAUCCUCGUCUCACUCUCUCUUCUGAUUUGACCAGUGUAUCGUUCAGUGAUUUAAGUCAAAAUCUUCCUGAUAAUCCAGAGAGGAUUGAGAGGUAUCCAUGUGUUCUGGGAUCUGAGGGCUUUAACUCAGGGACACACUGCUGGGAUGUGGAGGUUGGAGACAAUACAUACUGGAGUGUUGGAAUAACCACAGCAUCAAACCAAAGGAAGGGACUGGUUUUCUUUAACUCUAAUGUCUGGCUUGUGUGGUACAUGAACAGUAAAUACUGCUCCCAAUCCCCAGAUCAACCCUCGACUUACUUCACAGUUAAAGAGAAGCCUCAGCGUGUGAGAGUUCAGCUGGACUGUGACAGAGGAAAGGUGUCCUUCUCUGAUCCUCAAACUAACAUCUGUCUCUGCUCGUUCACAACAACCUUCACAGAGACCGUCUUUCCUUUCCUAUGUAAUUACUGCAAAACUUCUCCUCUGAGGAUCUUACCAGUUAAACUGAUCGUAACAACAGAAAAUCACAGUUAAAUCUCAUUCUGCUUUUAGAUCAGUUAAGGUACAAUAAUUGAAUGUUUUCAUAGUUUUUCAUUUUAUGAUUCAAUAUUUGAUAUUCUGUUUUAGGGAAAUAUAUGGAUAUUAAACACAUAUUUGAAUAUUAAAUUAUAUAUUAAGGUAAAAAACAAACUAACAAGAAUAGUAAACCUGUCAACAAUAAAUCUGUCUGUAAUGUUCAGUAAACCUGAACGUCUAGAGGAGAUUAUUAUAACUGUUUGAUUACAGGAGUUAAACUCUGCACUAGAUCUCCAGAACUUCAUGUGAAGGCACUCUGUGUGUGUUACAAACUACUACAAUGUGUAAAAUUACAGUAUAUUAAUGAUUACAUUACUUUCACAGUAAUUUCAUAUUCUAGCUAGUCAUAAAUGAAAUGUUUUAAUUUGUCACACAUCUGACAUGACUAGAUCAGAAGUUUAAAUAUGAAUAUACAAGGUCCAAGACCCCAAACAAAUAGGAUCUUCAAUCACCAGUAUGAUGACUUCAGAACAAUUAAACAAGUACAUUUCUGACAGUGGCACAGUUAAAGACACGAGCAGUAAUUACUGUGAUGUUACCAUCAUUCUGCUGUUCUUUCAGUUAUUGGUAAGAAAAUGAUCCAGCAUGCAUUGAUUUCACAGGACAUUUCUGACUAUGAUUUUUAAUAUAAUCUUUACAGUGUAUGUGUUUCGGUUACAGUUGAGCAAUUUGAGUUAUCUACAGUUGAGCCUAUAUUCAUCAAUAUUUUGAUCAAUUGUGCUCAGAAAUUGUGCAUCAGUGUGCUUUGGAUACCAAAACAACUCUCUGGUAAAGAUAUAGAUUAAACAAGAUUUAAUUAAUGGUGAUUGUUUAAUAAUUAUGUAUGAGUAAUACCAUAUACACAAAAAAGUGUACCUAACAUUACAUUACUUAAAACUGAACUUAAACAUUACAUUAAGGACUUAAAAGAUCUAAGAAAUAAAAAAAAGCUGAACACGUUUAUAGAAUACUUUUCUUUUGGACAUUUCUUGUUAUCCCCUGUUUAUAUUUCCUUCUUUCUGUUGGUUCCCUUGAUGCUGUUAUGAAUGUAAUUGAUAAUAGUUGAACACAAUGUGAUUCUCUCUCUCUCUCUCUCUUUAUACAUAGACUGUAUAUGUUAUGUUACUGUUCUUCUUAUGCAAUA